AAUUUUUUGUUUGUCACUUGAGUCGACGAGAAGACAAGAAAAUAGUGAAAGGUUAAAGACUGAUUAGUCUCUUUGUCUAUUGUUUGGUGAAAAUGAGCAAAAAGUUUAUUUUAAUCGUGAAAGCUAGUUUUUAGGGGAAAAGGUAAUUCCAAAAAGUGAAUGUUAACCAAUGAACGUGAAAUUUAAACAGAAAAAAGGUUUAGAUUAUGAAAAGAUUAUGUCGAGGUGUCAGCCAUUAUUAUUUUCAACAAGAAAAGUAAAUCAGUUGAAUUUAAUUUUUUAUCAAACCUUACUAGUUUAUAAUUGUGUCUACUGUUUAUUAUUCGUGAACUUCAUCAAAAGGAGGUAACAUCUUUAAUGUUGAACAAACCAAAAAGAUAAAACAAACUCAAUUCAAUCCCGUUGGGAACCUAAUCAGAUAUUUUAAUAGAAGAUCCUGAUUGAUUUUAGCUAAUCUUUAUUUCAUCCGUUUUUUUUGUCAAAUUGUUGCUGUUGCUGGACACCAGUAACAACCAGUUAAUUUACCUUGUGAGUGUAAUUUUACUGUUUUUUCACUUGGUAAUCUUUUUGUUGCGCUUUCAUCAUUACCACUGCCACGGAUAGUAACGUAUAAGCUAUUACUACCUUCACCUUCGUCAUCGUCAUCGUCAUCACCAUCAUCAUCAUCAUUACCAUCAUUAACUUAAUCGACAAUGACUGUUAGCUAUCAAUCAGAUGUUGCCUCAUCAACCUCCGGUGGCCUUAUAAGACUCCUUUGGAGAUGGAGAGGAAGUGUUUGGAAGUUGGUUUACAGAGAAUUGUUACUUUUUAUUGUUGUUUUUUUAGGCCUUUCAUUGGCUUAUAAAUUUUUGUUUACUGAUAAACUCAAAAGGAAUUUCGAAUAUUUGGUUAUUUUUUGUUCAGCCUUUGUAGACAUGAUCCCAUUAUCAUUCAUAUUAGGCUUUUAUGUAUCGUUCACAGCCACACGAUGGUGGAACCAAUACACGGCCAUCCCUUGGCCUGACAAGUGAAUUAAUGAAUAACAUCGCCAUGUAUGUUCCUGGCUCAGAUGAGACCAGUAGGAUGCUCAGGAGAACUCUAAUGAGGUAUCUAAAUUUAACAUUGGUCCUGGUUUUAAGAUCAAUAAGUAUAGCUGUUAAAAGACGAUUCCCGACCAAAGAGCAUCUUGUCGAAGCUGGUUUUAUGACAAAAUUAGAGCUUGAAAUGCACACUUCAGUGCCCUCCAAUGAAUUUAACACAUUCUGGAUUCCCUGUACAUGGUUUAUCAACCUUUUAAGGGAAGCUCGACAAGAAUGUCGCAUAACUGAUUCUUCAGGACUAAAACUGAUAAUGGAGGAAUUUAACGAGUUUAGAAGUAAAUGUGGCCUUCUCUGGAGCUAUGAUUGGGUCAGCAUUCCAUUGGUUUAUACUCAGGUGGUAACAAUAGCUACCUAUGCAUUCUUCACUGCCUCUGUAUUUGGACGACAAAAAAUUGAACGGAGUCCAAAAGUAUUUAAUGUUGAAAUUGAACAUCGAUAUGAGCCUUACAUUCCUGUCUUUACAGUUUUACAAUUUUUACUUUACAUGGGCCUUCUUAAGUUAGGUGAACAAUUAAUUAAUCCAUUUGGUGAUGACGAUGAAGAUUUUGAAUUGAAUUGGAUUAUUGAUCGCCAUUUAAAAGUUUCAAUCUUAGGUGUUGAUACAUUAAAUUGUAGUCCACCUCCCAUGACAAAGGAUUGUUAUUGGGAUGAACUUGAUAUCAAAUUACCAUACACAGCCGCUGCUGUAUCCUACAAAAAGCGCACUUAUCGUGGCUCAAUGGCAUCAUAUCAUGUUCCAAGUGAGCAGCAAGGUCUUGUUGUACCUGAAUUCGAAGCGGAAGAAGAUUACGAAUCCGAGGGCAUCAGUGAUACUCUCAGCAAAAAGGAUAAAAGUUCAUCGUCAAUUUUUGGUUCCGUUUUUAGUGCUAAAUCCAUAAAACGAAAUGAAAGUUUAAUGACGCUAGGCUCGGAAGAUUUUGAAGCCAAUUACCCUGAAGUUUGGAGAGGGUCUUCAGCAUCAUUUUUUGUAACCAAUGAGGAAGUAAUUUAUGAAGAAAAUGGGAAAAGCUCGAUUGUUAAACCAAACGGUGCUGAAGCAAAUGCUCGCAAAUCUUCUGGUGAACAAAUUAACCAGGAAUUUCAACGUAUCCGGGGAGAUUCAACAUACUUCAUUCGAAGUCAGCCAAGGAAACGCUCAGAUCCAUUAUCAGUUUUGCUUGUUUCAUCAGGAAGUGAAGACAAAUCAUCUGAUCCUUUAUUGGCGUUUGCAGGUCAUACACCUAGACCCGAUAUAACUUUCGACCCAACUCUUGGUGUUUUCUCGAAUAAAAAUCGUUUGGAGAGUGCUCCCCCUUCUCGUCGUCCAUCUGCGUCUAGUCUUGUCAAACAGUCUAAAGAAAUCAAAGUACAAGCUGCUCGUCCUCCAUUACCUGAAAUAACUCCAGCAAUGCUUGAUUCUCGACUAACUGAGGUAUCUGUAGCUCGCUCUGCAAGCUCAGCAUCAAGAAAAAUUAGUAAAUCAGGUCGUUCUGGGUUACUCAAAAUGGGUAAAGGUGAACCAGGCUUAAGAAUACGACCUUUUGUCAAAUCAAAAGUCACCUUCAGUGAAGAUACUAAAGCUGAAUUUAGUACCAAAGAUUCAGCUUCGCUUUAUCAUCUUGACCCAAGAUUCCAGCCUGACCCAAUGAAUGGACAAAUAGAUUUAACUCUAUCCACUCCAGAAUUAAGUCAACGCUCAACUGACAACACUUCAUGUGGUGGUUACCUCGAUAAACGUCUGUCAGAUUGUUCAUCUUCACGGCCAGUGGCUAUGCUGGCUCAUCCAGUGAUGCAGAAAGCAACUUUAGUAGACACUAGUCAUGUUGUCAUGUCUCAAGCCACGGUUUGUGCUGGUGCUCCUCCCUUGAUUGGAUCUGCUAGCGGUUCUUCAACUUCAAUUCGAGGCGUCAGGAGGAUAUCAUGUGAUGAUGUCAAUAAAAAUGGUUACACAAGACCAGACACAGAGGAAACCCAAGUUUGGUUAAGGCAUCAAAGCUUACCAAAUAUACAAGAGAUAACAGAAGAAGGUGCUACUUCACCAGGCCCUGAUUGUGGCGAAAGAGAGUUUGGCUUAGUUCGAGGACCUUCAAAAAGACAUAAAGAAACAACAGGAGAACGUGUUUUAGGUAAAAUGCUGUCUAGACAAAGUGAAGUAGAAGAAGACAUUGACCAACCACCAGAAAACACUGGUACAGAAAUCUCAGACAUUAAUUCAAAAGAUGAAUCUCUAGUUAGAUUAUCUUACCGGGCUGAUGAAUUUUCGCCCGAUCCUGCUAGUAAUUAUUCAAAAAGCACGCCACCGAAGGAAGGUGGAGGCAAUGGUAGCAGUGAAAGCUGUAAAAUUCAAACCAAUGUAGGAUGUGGAGGUAACGAUAUAGCUAACUCUCGUAGGCCUAGAAAACGAGCUGCAAUUCGUCCUAGCAAUAGUAAUUCCUCCAAACAAUCAUCAACUGAAAGUGAAUCUGGUAGCUAUGCAACUGCUUGCUCUUUGUUCACACCAAUAUCUGAAGAAGAGGCUGCUCGACAAAAACUCGACAACAACGGUGCCAAUAAAUUAUCUUUCCACUCAACGGAUUCAUCUAUUUCAUCAUUUUCAUCGGCAAAAGACCAAGACCAAGACACCGAUAUGCUGAUGCCCAUUAGUCCAUCCAACUCUUUUUCAAUGACCAACAGAAUGAGCAGUGAUAGUGCAAUCUAUGGGUCACAUUUAGACCAAAAUUUACCCGAAAUUGUUAUCCUUCCAACAAGCCCAGCUGAAUCGACGAUAGAUAUUGUGAGAGCGAACGAAGAUAACCAAAGUUAACAUUGACUUUAUUAGACUCUUUUAUAUCAUCAUUUCUUUGUACCAUCUUUUGCUUUCGAUCAAUUGUUUUAAUAAAUGAUGAAAUACGAUGAAAAUUAUCAAAUUUAAAUUUGAA